AGGAGACAGAAAGUCCCAUCCAUCAUACACAUCUAUUUUUUUAACAGCUUUAUAAUUCUUUCUGCAAAACUUUUCUCUUUCUCUUUUUUCCCUUCAGGUCUUAAAGAUUAAUACUCAUCCUUCUACAUUCAGUCAUGUUCUCAUCAUUCACCAGAACCGUUGCCAGAGCUCCAGCUCUGAGAUUGUGCCUUAGAUUCAACUCCACUGUUAACAAGAUCACCGCUGAUUCCAUCGUUACGAAAUACUCGCCAUCUUUCACUGUGAGAUACACAAACGAACACGAGUGGAUUGCUCAACACGAUGAUGGUGUUGCAUUUGUUGGCAUCACCAAAUAUGCUGCAGAUGCUCUUGGUGAUGCCACUUUUGUCGAAUUGGCUGAAGUUGGUGAUGCUCUCUCCACAGGUGAUUCCAUGGGUUCCGUCGAGUCUGUCAAGUCCUCAUCUGAGAUCUACUCUCCAGUGAACGGUGAAGUUUUGGAGGUUAACACCGAGUUGAACGAUUCUCCACAACUGAUCAACGAGGACCCAAUGGGUGCUGCUUGGUUGGCCAAGAUCAAGACUGAAGGUAAGUUGGAGGACUAUGAUGAAUUGUUGACUGAAGAUCAAUACCACGAGUCCUUGAAGGAUGAAGAGCACUGAAGAGAUGCUCAGUAAUACAUGUGUAUAUGUCUAUUGUUUAGCAGAACAAGACUGUACAGCAAAAUGGCAAAAAAAAGUAAAAGAAUGAUAAGUUUGUUUAGG